CGGGAGCCGCGCAGAGCAGAGAAGCACCAAAAGAGGCAAACUGAAAUGAAGACAAAUGAUCAUCCGUAUGCUGAUCAUUUUGAUAGUUGUUUGCUAUGUCUUUGGCUGAUCUAACAAAAACAAACAUAGAUGAACAUUUCUCCAGUGUGGCAUUAGAAAACAGUAGCAGGUCUGAAGAAUGCAAGAGAAGCCCAGACACGGGCGAUUCUUCACAGAACAGUAACGCCUCCGAUAAGAGUGUUGACUAUAGCAGAUCUCAGUGCUCCUGCCGAAGUUUAAGUUCUCAGUAUGAUUAUUCAAAAGACUUUCUCUCUGAUUGUUCAGAAAAGGCCAUUAAUAGAAAUUAUUUAAAGCAGCCUGUGGUAAAAGAAAAGGAGAAGAAAAAGUAUAAUGUUUCUAAAAUCUCCCAACCUAAAGGCCAGAAGGAAAUCUCAGUUGAAAAAAAGCACACCUGGAAUACAUCACUUUUUAAAUCUCAAAUCAAUAUGAUUGCCCAAAGAAGAGAUGCUAUGGCUCAUCGAAUACUCUCGGCAAGGCUUCAUAAAAUUAAAGGACUAAAAAAUGAAUUAGCUGAUGUGAAUCAUAAAUUGGAAGCCAUCCUUAUAGAAAACCGAUUUUUGAAACAACUUCAGCUUAGGCAUUUGAAAGCUAUAGGAAAAUAUGAGAAUUCACAAAAUAAUCUACCACAAAUUAUGGCUAAACAUCAGAAUGAAGUAAAAAAUUUAAGGCAACUCCUUAGGAAAUCCCAGGAAAAGGAAAGAACCAUAUCUAGGAAACUUAGAGAAACUGACAGCCAGUUACUGAAGACUAAAGAUGCCUUGCAGGCACUGCAGAAACUUUCUGAAGACAAAAACCUUGCAGAAAGGGAAGAACUUACUCAGAAGUUAUCUAUUAUUACAACAAAAAUGGAGGCAAAUGACAAAAAAAUACAGAGCUUGGAAAAGCAACUGAGGUUGAGUAGCAGAGCCUUUAGUCGGCAGCUGGCUAUUGAGAAUCGGAAGACUUUAGCGGCUCAAACAGCUAGCAAGACUCUGCAGGUGGAAGUAAAACACCUUCAGCAAAAACUUAAGGAAAAGGAUCGUGAACUUGAAAUUAAAAACAUCUAUAGUCAUCGAAUACUUAAAAAUUUACAUGACACCGAGGACUAUCCAAAAGUUUCUUCAACAAAAUCAGUCCAAGCAGACAGAAAAAGUUUGCCAUUCACAAGUAUGAGACACCAGGCAACCCAAAAAUCAGAUGUUCCACCUUUGACAACUAAGGUACAAAUUGCCUACUUUUCUAAUAUAGAUUUAUUAAAGGAAGAUAAACAUUUGGAAGUACAAGUACUACUGGAGAAUUUUGUAAGACAAAAAGACAAAAAAGAAGACCAAGAAAAGAACACCGUUUCAGUGAAAGAAGAGCAAGAACUACCACCAAAAAUAAUUGACAUUAUUUAUCCUGAAAGAGAAACCAAUCAAGAUGAUCUAGUAAGAGAAAAGUUUAAAAGAAGCAUGCGGAGAAAUGACACGGAUGACACACCUGGCAGAUGCACUGCUCCCUACACGAAAGGCCCCCUCAGACAAAGAAGGCAUUACUCAUUCACAGAAGCAACUGAAAACCUGCAUCAUGGGCUUCCUGCUUCAGGUGGGCCAGCCAAUGCCGGCAACACGAGGUGCAGUCAUAGUACAAGCAAGCAUCUCAGUAACAGAGAGGAAAGGGAGCUAGAGCAUUCUGACAGUGGGUAUGAGCCCUCAUUUGGUAAGUCUUCCAGAAUAAAAGUGAAAGAUAUAACUUUCAGAGACAAGAAAAGCAGUCUCAUGGAAGAACUCUUUGGAUCAGGCUACAUCUUGAAAACUGAUAAGUCAGGUUCUGGUGUUACAAAAGGCUCAGAGGAGCCUUUGCAAAGUAAGGAGUUGCAUCACCUGCCUCCCAGUCAGGCCUCCGCCAGCAAUGCAUUCGGAGACUCUAAAGUAACUGUGGUAAAUUCUAUUAAGCCAUCAUCACCUACAGAAGGAAAAGAGAAAAGAAUUAUCUAAAUAUAAUCAAUAUCCUAAUGCAUUCUGAUUUGAUAUAAUGCUGUUUAUGUGCCUUGCAUCUUAUUUUUGAAAUGUGUGAGAGAGGGAGUGUAUGUCUGUGUGUCUUUAAGCACUUACAUUGACUUUCGAUAAUUAAAUUUUUGUUUUAUUGCUAA